AUGGAAAUCCGGUCGGCCCCCGCUGCGGUGGCAAUCGGAAUCGACUUCGGGACGAGCUACUCGAGCGUCGGCAUCUUCCGGAACGAUAAGUUCGAAAUCGUUGCCAACGAUGCGGGCAAUCAUCGCAUCCCGUCGGUGGUAGCGUUCACCGAGAAGGCGCGUCUGGUGGGCGAAGAAGCGCUCGCUCUGGCCGAUCACGACCCGGCGAACUGUGUCGUGGACGUGAAGCGUGUCCUUGGGCGGCCCAAGGGGGAAGGUGGCAACCAGAUUCAGGUGCAGUUCAAGGGCGAACGGAAAAGCUACCAUCCGGAAGAGAUAUGCAGCCUUAUACUGGCGCACUUGCGCGCGAUGGCAGAGCGACGGCUCGGGCACACGGUGACCGGUGCCGUCAUUGCCGUUCCGGCGCAGUUCUCCGACGGGCAGCGGCAGGCGGUGCUGGAUGCGGCCACCAUUGCCGGCCUCACGGUGCUACGGUUGAUCAACGAACCGACGGCGGCGGCCAUUUCGUUCGGCAUCAACAAGAAGGUGAUCGGCGAGCAGUGCGUGUUAGUGUGUUCGUUCGGUGGCGGGUUUCUCGAUGUGUCCAUUCUAACGAUCUACAACGGAGUGUUCCAGGUGCGGGCUAGCUCGGGAGACACGAAUCUUGGUGGCGUGGACAUUGACAGCCGAUUGGUGGCGUACCUCGUGAAGCAGCUGCACGAAACCCAAUCGGUCGACGUCAGUGGUGAUCGGGCGGCGCUCCGAAAGAUCCGGAAAGCGUGCGAGCAGGCGAAGCGCACCCUGUCCUACACGAGCCAGGUAUCGAUCGAAAUCGAUGGCCUCGGCGAAGGUGGUCACACGCUGUGCACGCUGCUCACGAAGGACGUACUGUACGAACUGUGCAAGGAUCUGUUCGAGCGGGUGCUCCUGCACGUGGAAACGGCAUUGCGGCGCGCGCGUAAGGAUCGGUUCGCCGUCCACGAGAUCAUGCUCGUCGGUGAAUCGUCGCGUAUUCCGCGUGUGCAAAUAAUGCUGAGCGAGUUCUUCGAUCGCCGCUCGCUCAGCAGCUCGGUCAAUUCGGACGAGGCGGUCGUCGUCGGGACGGCCAUCGCCGCCGGCAUUCUCAGUGGCGACCGGUCCGCCACGAUACAGGACGUGCUCUGGUGGGAUCUGGUGCCCCGGUCGAUCGGACUGAUCGGUGCGAACGGUGACGAUCAACCGCGAAUACUCAUUAGUCGCAACUCGACGCUUCCGCUGAAGGUGAAGCACCGGCUGAAGAACUUCCGCGCGGUGCAGCGACUGUACGAGGGGGAGAGUGCCAUCGUAAGUGAUAAUAUUACCCUCGGCCGGCUGCUGCUGGAGGGAAACUUUGCCGACGGCAUCGAGUACGUCGGGCUGUCGUUCAACGUGGAUCUGAACGGAGUGCUGCACGUGGUGGUGGAGGGCAACUGUGAGCUCAAGGCGUCGCUAGACAAGGGCCGCCUGGAGCGCUACGAAAUCGAUCGCAUCGUGUACGAACACAAGCGGCUAGUUCUCGAAAUGGCUCGGGGCGAGCAGGAGGAAGAGCAACGAAGAAAAAACCCACAGCACCCGGAAGCGAAGGACGAGUCGAGGAAGGGGCCAACUUCCGAUGACAGGAUAGGUACCUGGGACCGGUUCAGCGAGUGGUUGCACUGCGUCUGUAUCGUUACGUUCGAUCUCGAGCUGGGCCAAGCGAUGGAACUCAUCCAUCCGAAGCAUGUUACCCUGACGGAACAGGAAAAGAUGAACAUCUGCUACCUGGCGUUCCCCGACUCGAACUCGGGCUGCAUGGGCGACUCGCAGUUCCACAUCCGCCUGCGGGUUUCAUCCGGGUCCGAAAAUUCCAUCCUGCCGAAGGGGCUGCAAGAGUUCAACUGCCACUGCCUGCCGGUGCACCGGGCCGAUCCGGGCCACUUCUGGGGCUUCGUGUACUUCCGCCAGAUCAAGGACAGCACACUGAAGCGCGGCUACUUCCAGAAGAGUGUGGUGCUGCUGACGCGGCUUCCGUUCGUGAACCUUUUCUACGAGCUAAGCGCCGCCAUUGCACCGGCCUACUUUGCGACGGGCGAGCCAACGCUGGAGGCCAUCUGCGAUGCAAUAUGCAAGUGGCCGUCGUUGCUAGGCGACGAACUGCUGUCACUUCAGGUGCUGGGCAGCGUGUAUGAGGUCAGCAUACCGAAGCAGAACGGCAAAAUGGCCAUCGUACCGAACCCGGACACGACGGUGCCGGCCGGUUCCACGGCCAACCGGGUGCUGUCGUCGGUGCACGAGAUUGACAUUUUCAAAAGCCUGCAGCUGUUUUUGCCCUACAUUCACCUGCUCUGGGAGCUGGUGCUCACCGGGGAACCGAUUAUCGUGACCGGCACCUCACCGACCGACUGUGCCCACAUGGUGCAAUCGUUGACCAGCCUUAUCAGCCCGCUGGCGUACUGCGCCGAAAGCCGUCCCUACUUUACGAUACACGAUACCGAGUUCAAAGAGUUCACGCAAAGCAAAAACGGCCACCCAUCGAUCAUACUGGGCGUGACGAAUCCGUUCUUCGCCAAAACGCUGCAGCACUGGCCACAUACGCUUCGCCUGCAGGACAGCGCCGAGGCGCAGCUACUGAAGCAACAGCAGCAACAGCAGCAGAAACAAUCGGCACUCUAUUCACCGAAGGGCGGGCCAACGAGCGGGCCGCCAUCGGCGUCCGCUUCGUCAUCAUCGGCCUCGGCGUCGUCAUCGGACGGUUCCGCGACCCUGUCACGGCUAUCGAAGAUCAAGCAGAUAACGACCAAGCUACUGGAUUCCUCGCCCGGCCUGUACACCCAGUACAAACCGUUCGUACAGAAGGAUAAAGCGUUUAUCAAGAAAAUUUUGCUCGGCAUGAAAACGGAACGGCCACUAUCGGUGCAGUCGGCCCUUCUGCGGCGUCAUCUGCUCGAGCUAACGCAAAGCUUUAUGAUACCGCUCGAGCGGUACAUGGCCUCGCUGAUGCCACUGCAGAAGGAUAUUUCACCGUUCCGCUCGGCCCCGCAGCCGAACCCCUUCCGGCAGGAGGAUUUCCUGGCCACGCUCGACGACUGUGGGCCACAGCUCACGUCCACCUGCCGGGGCGACUGGGAGGGCCUGUACCGGCGGUUCUUCAGUUCGCCCAACUUCAAGGGCUGGUACGAGGCGCGUUACUUCGAGCUCGAGCAAACGCUGCAGGUGCUGCACAUGCAGACCCUGUCCGAGGCGAACCUGGCCGAGUGGGCGAAGGGCAAGCUGGAGGUGGAGAUCGUCGACAUGAUACUCCGGUUGCGCCACAAGCUGACGCUCUGCAGCAGCGACCACAUUGCGGCCCUGCCGGUGCAACUGAACGCGCGGGAAACGCGCGGCCAGCUGCUGCGCCACAUGGAGAACAUGAAGACAAGUCUUCCGGACGAUUUGAAGCAAAUUUUGGGCGACGCUUGAGGCGGCGGGCCGGUCACUCACCGGUCGGUGCGCGGUGCUGAUCAAUAAAAAGGCAUUUGGGUGCGAUUGUUGUUCUGGGCUGAGGAUUUUAACCAUAAAC